AGUUGACACCACAAUUGUAAAAACAGUUAUUGUGUAAAAUUUUGGAAAACUUUGAAUUAUUUUUUUUUAACAUUUCUUAACAUUCUCUCCAAAAAGUGUGUGAUGUCAAUACAUAUUGCGGCAGAAGCCCUACCUCCCCAACCCACGCCAGCACUCCCACCCCAACCGCCAGCCCCACAACCACAGCCGGCUCCUCAUCAACCAAGGCAACGGAGGCGUGCUAGGCCACCAAUUUUCAGAACCCGUGUCAGACUUUUUGGGAUGCCAGAUGAUGUGGUGGUGCGUAGAUACCGGCUGCCACCACAUCUAAUCCUAGACACUCUCUCCAUAAUAGAGAGUGAUCUGGAGUCUGAAAUUCGGUAUCCUACAGCAAUACCACCAUUGACACAAUUCCUUGCAGUGUUACAUUUUUUGGCCACAGGAUCAUUCCAGCAUGUGGUUGGAGACCUGGUUGGCAUGUCGCAGGGCCAGUUCAGUAAGGUCCUGCGACGUGUCUGCCAGGCUUUCCUCAAGCGUGUUAAGCAAUUUAUUGCUAUGCCUUUGGAUGUUGGUGCCCUAGAUGUGGUGAAGCGGCAAUUUGCGGAAGGUGGUAGUCGCUUCCCACAUGUUAUUGGGGUUGUGGAUGGCACACAUGUAGCUAUUCAGCCACCAAAACAUAAUGAAGAAAUUUAUAGAAACAGGAAACUGUUUCAUUCUCUGAAUGUAAUGGUUGUUUGUGGGCCAUCCCUCCAGAUCCUUUCCCUGAACGCAAAGUUUACUGGAAGUUCCCAUGAUGCGUAUGUCAUUAGACAAUCAGGGAUAUGGCAGAGAUUAAGAUCAAGUCAACGACCAGACAUGUGGUUAUUGGGAGACCGUGGAUAUCCUUGCACCCCCUGGCUCAUGACUCCUUACCGUAAUCCCAGGCCAGGACCACAGAUGGCAUUUAACUCCGCGCUUACUGCCACUAGGCAGCUGGUGGAGCGCACAAUUGGUGUCCUGAAAGGGCGGUUUCGUGUUCUCCACCGCACUGGUGGCGACAUCAUGUAUUCGCCGGAGAUGGCAAGUAAAAUAGUGGUCCUGUGCGCAAUACUCCAUAAUAUCGCGGUAAGGAGUAGUGUAGAGCUUCCUCAGGCAGAGGAAUUGCCUGAUGAGGAGCCAGGGGUUGUGCCACGCUUCGGUGGGGGGAGUGUGACACGGAGGGGGAGCCAAGUGAGGGCAAGAAUUGUAGCAGAAUAUUUCAGCUGAAUGAUCACACGAACUGUGGACAACAACAACGGCAAAACUCCCCACCCCCUUCCCCUUCUCACUCCCCCUCCCCUUCUCACUCCCCCUCCCCUUCUCACUCCCCCUCCCCUUCUCACUCCCCCUCCCCUUCUCACUCCCCCUCAGCUUCCCAGUCCCCCUCAGCUUCCCAGUCCCCCUCAUCUUCCCAGGCCCCAUCAGCUUCCCUGGCCCACUCCACUUUACAUUCCCCUUCUCACCACACCUCUCCAUCUCUUUCUGGGACCCCUUCUCCUCCUUCCCAUACCCCUUCUCCUUCAAAAUCAACAUCACAAUCUGAACCACCCUCACCCUCUAUUGCUUUAACUUUUUCUCCGCCCCCCUCGCCCUCUCAAUCAGACCCCCCCUCUGAAAUUGCGGACCAAAUCCAGCCUCCUUCCCCCAUCCAGCCUCCUUCCCCAAUCCCUCCUCCUUCCCCAAUCCCUCCUCCUUCCCCAAUCCCUCCUCCUUCCCCCAUCCAGCCGCCUUCCCCCAUCCAGCCAACAUCCCCACCAAGUGAAUGGGCAGAGGAAGCCCCUGCCGAACGUUCCGGGAGUCUGGAUGUUGCCGUGGAAAAUGUUGCAGUUGGAGAUCCCACAAGUUUUUCAGGGAUACUUUACACCAUGCGCCAACACCUGCAAGGAAUGAUGGAUUGUGUGGACCAUUUGCAAAAAUUUGC